GGCAUUGGGAGGUAUGUAUGCCAGCUACAACGACUCACCAUCAAAUUUUGUAAGAGUCAUGGUUCUAGUAGAAGUGCCAGGGAUUUCAUUGAGCAGCAUCUGCUGGAGUUUACAAGAUCAAAUCCUGGGAUAGUUGUCUAUUUGAAACCUCGACGGUUAAAAGCUCCUCUUAUCGUCGGAACAUUUUUAAAUGGCAACGAGCAAAAGAUUCCAAUAUCUGACAAGUCAGUCGAAGAAAUAUGCCAGUGGGUGGAACACCUAAAGAACAUAUCUGGCUCCAGUGAGCACAGACUGGUGAAGACCUGGAGAACAGACACGCCCAGUAUCCAAGGAGUGUGGACACCUUACCUCAAUAAAAAUCCCAAACACAACAUCACAGAUUUUCCUAGUGAUUCUCCUGAAUUUAAACACCAGCCUACUGAGAAAUCUGCCUCUCAAAAUCUUUUGGAAAGAGCAGAUCAGUUACGACGAUUGAAAGCCUGA